CAGUUUCCUCCUCCCAGCAAUCCCGGCGCAUGCUCAGUGGCUCACGGGGCGGCCAAGGAAAGGGGUGUGUGCUUCGGCCCUCUCUGGCGGAUGGCGCUCUCCGGGGCUGCGAGGCUGCUGUGGCGGGAGAAGCUGCGCUGGGGGCCGGCCGUCUCCCGGCUGGGUUGCAGACAAAAAUCAUCUCCCAGUUUCCUUAACCGCGCAGAUCUUCCAAAACUCGCCUAUCAUAAACUAAAAGGCAAGAACCCUGGAGUUGUCUUCCUUCCAGGUCUUUUUUCGAACAUGAAUGGUGAAAAAGCACUUGCACUGGAAGAGUACUGCAAAUCAGUUGGCCAUGCUUUUGUCAGGUUUGAUUACAGAGGCUGUGGAGGUUCAGAUGGCAAUACUAAAGAAAAUACAUUGGGAAAGUGGCGGAAGGAUGUUCUGUCCAUACUGGAUGAACUCACACAAGGGCCACAGAUUUUAGUUGGCUCCAGCCUGGGUGGAUGGCUGAUGCUUCACGCUGCAAUUGCCCGUCCCGAAAAGGUAGCUGCAUUAGUUGGAGUAGCUGUAGCAGCAGACCAUUUAGUAGCGACUUUUCAGCAGCUUUCUGUAGAGGUCAAGAAAGAAAUAGAAGAAAAAGGUGAAUGGAGGAUGCCAACCAAGCACAACGAAGAGGGGUUUUACUCUGUGCCAUACGAACUUAUUCAGGAAGCAGAAAAUCACUGUGUUUUAAAUAGUCCGCUUCCCAUAAAGUGUCCUGUGCGACUCAUUCAUGGCCUAAAGGAUGAUGAUGUGCCAUGGCAGAUCUCCAUGAAAAUUGCUGAGUGUGUUGUUAGUGGAGAUGUGGAUAUUAUUCUCCGCAAAGGAGGUGGUCAUCGGAUGAAGGAGAAGGAGGACAUCAAGCUUAUUGUAUACACUGUGGAAGACUUGAUUGAGCAACUGAGCACCUAGCAUCAGGAGCACAAGAGUUGAAAUGUCUCAGUCUGGAAGAAAAUCAGUUCAGAGCAUGACUCUUCAACUAGAGAGAUCUGGAGCUUUACAAAUAUUUUCUUACCCUUUAAAAUUUGUUAGUAAAUACAGCUAUCUUCUUAAUGCUGCAUUUGCACAAAUUAUAAAAUGUGAAGGCAAGCUGCUGUUUAAUCCUUUUCUUCCCAAAACAAAUUACCUUUGCCCUUUAUGCAAUAUGUGUCUUACAUUUUCAUACCCAGGUAUAUGUGUGCCAAUAAUUUUUGCCUUUUACCUUGUAAUACAGUGUGACUUCUCCAUCCCUUUUUUACACCUUCAAUAAAUAUGCAUAAUAAUGUUUUUUCUGCUUCAGUUGUGAAAUGCAGCCUAAAAGUCCCUAAAAUGUAUCUGAAUUACUCAUGCAUUACUUCUAGUCCAAAUGAAGAUGUGGGACAGUGGUCUUUUUAAAAUUGCAUUUCUUCAUGUUGUUCCUUACAUGCCAGAGUUAAUUUUGAUGAAGUGAUUCACCUAAGUAAAGACAAAAACAAUUGCAUGACUUAACACAUCUGUGCAUUGAACAGGAAUGAUUUAUAAUUGGAAGUUGUGUGAUCAGAAGUGUGAAUGUGACUGUCAGUAACUUUGGUUGAACAAAAUGAGUCUUUAUUCCGAAUGUGUUUAAGGGUUGGUCAAUGUAUUGCAGCAGAGAGAGACUUCUCAUAGGUACCAGUGCGAAGGGUUAAAUCUUUCCUUGUCUGUGCUUCUUCCUCUGCUUGAUUUUAAUUAGGAAAAAUGGUACCUAAUGUAUUUUCAAGGAAUAAUAUGACAUGACAUGCAUAUAUUUAGGCCCUUAUAGUCAAAUUGUGUGAUGUUUUACAUAUGUGCUGUUGAACACAGCUUUUCAUUUGGAAUUACAGUAGAGUCUCACUUAUCCAACAUUCGCUUAACCAACGUUCUGGAUUAUCCAACGCAUUUUUGUAGUCAAUGUUUUCAAUACAUCAUUAUAUUUUGGUGCUAAAUUUGUAAAUACAGUAAUUACUACAUAGAAUUACUGCGUAUUGAACUACUUUUUCUGUUUAAUUUGUUGUAUAACAUGAUGUUUUGGUGCUUAAUUUGUAAAAUCAUAGCCUAAUUUGAUGUUUAAUAGGCUUUUUCUUAAUCUCUCCUUAUUAUCAAACAUAUUCGCUUAUCCAACAUUCUGCCGGCCCGUUUAUGUUGGAUAAGUGAGACUCUACUGUACAUAGGGAUAGUAUUAAGUCAUAAAUGUGUUUUUCAUGGAAGCUAGUAAGAGAAUUUGUUAGAGACUGCUGCUCUCUUUUUGGUAAACGUUCACUAGUGUUUUGCUGGAGAACAUCAUACUUGUGGAGCGAACUUCUCUAUAUUUCCUAAGCAUGAGAAAGUUAGCUAACUUGUGAUUGUAAAUACAUUUUAGUCAUUGGUUAAGACCCUCAGUCUUUCCAAUGAACAGGCAUGGGUGAUAAACACUUGUAAAAACCGCUUUGUUGUAAGUAAUGCUAGUUUAAACUGACAAUAUUUUUAGUAUGAAAUAAUACUGUUGAGUAAAUUGGUUUGCAUAGGCAUUAUUACUAUGUCGUGUAAAAAGUAUUUCUCACAUACCUUUAAAAACUUUCUCUUAUAGGAUGUUUGUACCUUGCCUUGAGCAAAGGGGAAGCAGAUUAUUUGAUGCUAUUAUUCGAUUUUGUCAACAACAAAAGGUUGCUUGCACACUGUCAACACUUUGAUGUGCAUUUCUUAAGAUGAAAUUAUUUAUAUUUCAAGCCAUACAAUAAGAGGCACUUCAGCUGUGAAGAAAGAGUUAUUCACAUAUGCCAUUAAAGGUCCAAGUGUAUGAUGAGUUAGUUGCAGUAAAACCUUCACUGAUGAGAGCUUCUUAUUGCUAGUUGUUGCAAGUAGAAUUGGCCAAGAAGAUGGCAUUUCUUUAAAGGAUAAGCUCUCUUUGCACAUCAAAGGCCAUUUCACUGGAUUCUGCAUGCAGUCAUUUCAAUUAUGUGUUCUAAAUUGCAUGCCACAUUUCUAAUUUCAAGUCUGAUUUCUAAAAAAAUCUCUCAGUAGGUGCUAAUCCCACUAGGACUCUUCAUCUUGGAGUCUGGUGAUGUGCCUUAUGGAUUUUCAGCACUUUGUAUUUAGUUUCUCUGGAGCAAAGCAAAAAGUGGUUUAAUAAGUUUGAGAAACAAGAUGAUGCAUGCCUACACAAGCCUGGAUGACUUGAGCAUGUCCAUGCAAGAACGUAUACAUGUGUUUGUAUGAUGGAAUGAUAUGAAGGCAUGAUUGUGAAAGCAGUGGAACUGGUCUGCAUGUGUUGAGUUUGGAAACAUCGCAGUACAAAAAUGUCAUCAGAUGCAUUCUUAAUGAUGUUUUUCAAUAUGUCAAGGAUGUGUUGUGUUAAUGGGAAUGGGAAAUUCUGUAUUUCAGUAUUUUUGGUUCCAGACUGCUUAGACCUCCUCUCCUAUGCUGUAAAGAGAGAGAAAGCUCAUCAUAGCUUACUCUUCCAUUAUGCACUUUUUAAAAAGGAAUGUCUGUCUAUUUAUAUAUGAGCAGCUUUAAAAUCGCUUGCAUAUUGACACCAAAAAGAUCAUUAGUCCAGUUAUGCUUCAAAGUUACCAUAGUUUUAGAUCUUAAUCUCCCACUUGCAUGCCUUCCUCAGCUCUUUGUAUUUCAUGUGGAAAAUGUGGAAAUAGAAUACUGUAGUACGUAGAAAGAAAUGUAAGUAAAAAAUGAAAAAUUUCCAAAUAUAUAACAAUACUGUGCUAAAAUGUGUCUUAAGGAGUUUGAAUCCACUGUAUGCUCUUUGAGGAGUAAAAUGACUAUGCACAAAAUGAUGAUGAAGUGUAAUGACAAAAAAGUUUUUUUCUUAUUUUCCCUUCACUAUAAUAUUAUGCAGGUGCUCAGUAGCUUUAACAAUAAACAGAUGUUACAUAUUCUCUAA